CCCGGCUUUGUUUCUGACCCCCGACCUUUUUUUAAUAUCCUUGCCCCAACCCAAACAAACCCGCCCGCCGAGGGAUUCAAGGUUGCCCUCCCUGCGAGCUUCGGACUCGACUUUGGACGACGGCCGUCACAAACCUCGACACAUCUUUCUGCACCGCAGGGCGGUUACGGACACAGAUCCCAACCCGUUCUUUCAACAUCUUCUCCCGAGGAGAGGACCACCACACCACAACGCUAGAAAUAGUCCAUCCGACUGGGCCUCCCUGUCCUGACGUCGUCUGGUCCACCAACGCAUGAGCUUGCCGAUCACCGACAACAUUACCACCGUCGAAGCUUCCUGGCCCCCUUCCAUCGGCUGAACAGCCCCAACGCGAUCAUCCAUAUAUCCUUUCUCUCCCCACCUCGGUCACCUCCAAAUAGAAACAAUGGCUUCCGCGCCCAGACGCAGAAAGGCCAUCGGUCAACGUCGCAGGGUUGAGGACGAGGGUGAAGAGGAGGGCCCUGACACCUUGGACCUCGACGACGACUCGGUGACAGAAGCCUCCAUCGCAAGCGAUGACCACGACCUCGCUGAUAACGACAGCGAUACUAGCAACGUCGAUGAGGUUUCACCCUCCUCCCCCAAACUUCACAAGCACGUCGGCAAUGGCGCCGCAAAAGCUGGAACGAGACGCCGUGCGAGCGACACAGCUGUCAACAAGUCUGGCGAGAAGCCAACCGUGACGGAUACGGAAAUCAUGCUACAUGGACUGUCACUAGCCGACAGGGAUGGCGAGGUUGAGGAAGUCGACUUCGAUCAAGUUCAGCAUGAUGACCAUUCUGAGAAAGGCCCUACUGUUAAGGACCCCGCGGCGCCUGUCGUCGUGAGCUCGAACUCUGUCGCAAAGCAGUCGCGCGUCCUCCCACACGAACAGAAACGGCGGUCGGAACAUGAAGAAUACCGGCGGAAGAGGGACGAAGACCCAACCUUUGUGCCCAACCGGGGUGCUUUCUUCUUACACGAUCAUCGACAUGCUGGACCUGCCGCGAACGGCUUCCGCCCAUUUACUCGACCGGGCCGUGGAAGGGGUGGUGGACGAGGUGGUGGGCUUGUGGGUCCCUUCACUUCUGUAAACCCUCCUAACAACCCCUCCGAUCCCACGACGAGCGGCCAGUGGGCUCACGAUAUGCACGAAGAGGUCGCCGCCCCUCGCCCUCAGCGACAGCAGCCACCCAGGUAUAUACCUAACGAUGAAGGCCCUCCGAACGGAAACGGCGUCAUACACAACGCGCCACUGAGCAACACCCAUAUCAACCGGGCCAUGUCCUGCGUCAAGACCCUUGGCAACGUAACCGUCCGGGUCUUCAUCCCCAACAGCAGCCUUGGGCCCAAAAACUUCCCUGGCAUACCCUUGAAACAGUACACAAAACUUCCCGAUCAUCGUCCGCCUCUACGAAGGGAUAAGCCCGUCAGGAUCUCCAUACCAUACCACAAUUUCCCUGUGAUGCCCCGCUAUAUCUUCCCGGCUAGCGAUAGAUCAUUCAUCUUCAUCCCGCGGGCCUUGCGCCCGAACAAUCAGCGCGGUCGUGGCAAGGGACCGCGUUCUGCUUAUGGCUCCAUUGGGGGCUUCUCUCGCAGGACCAGUGUGUUUGGUGGAAGCUUCUACGGCAGCGCCUAUUCACCUAGCAUUGCUAUGAGUCGACGAUCAUCGAUUGGCAGGGACUUUAUGAUGUCGCCAACAGGCUCUGUAAUCUCCCGCCCCCCUCUCCCUGUUGACGCCAACAGACCUGUUGUCCGUCUGCCACCACAUGCACAGCAGCAACCAACCAUGGUCGCAAACCAAAGUAUGCCCAUGGUAGAGCCGUCCAUUAACAACCUCCCACAACCGCACACUCAUCCUCUUCCCCAAAAGCCUGCUUUCCAGGAUAACAGUGGGAACACCAUUCCCAUGUAUCAACCGCGUCCCCAGAAGUCCGUGUCGGUUGAAAACAUUGAGACGCCAGCGCACCCAACGGCCGCUGUGCCUCCAGCUUAUCAACAAGCUUUCCAUCAGCAAGUUCCUCCUCAAUUGGAGUCGCAUGCUCGCAACCCAUCCUAUCAGUCCCAGGUUUCGACGACUCCACUUUCGCAAAUUCCCGAGCGAGCUAUCCACGCCGCUCCGUUCCAGCCCAACAACUUCUCACAGGCUGGCUUCUAUGCCCAACCAGUACAGAUGAUGCCUCCCCAGCAGGGAUACUACUAUCCUCAGGGAAUGGGCACCGAUAUGCAGCCGAAUGCAACGGCGCCUGCUUUUAUCCCAGGAGUUCAGAUGUCUCAGCCUAUGGCCUAUACAACUUCUGGCCAAGUCGACCCAGUAACUGCAGCAAAUGCGCAGGCUGGGCAGAACGGCGGCCAACAAGGUCCCGUCGCCCAAGAAAUCAAUGGCAUGGUGUACUAUUAUGAUCCGAACACGCUUCCUGCCAUGGUUACAUACCCUCAGUAUCCAGCUGCAGGACCGAGCUACGGAGCUCCUGGCGUUGUUGGAAUGGGUGGCAUGAUGGCUCCCGGACCAGAUGCCUUCUAUUAUCAGCAGCCAGUUCAACCCGGGAUGGUAUACUAUGCUCAAUAGCGUAACGCAUGUUGGUAUGGUAUAGCUGAUCGGGCCAACAAGAGGAUGGAUGAUAUGAGUGGGAAGGGCUGCGAGGAUACCUGUCUGGUCAUGGUUGAUCGCGCGCUAUCAAGAGGAGGAAUCUCGGGCGAUUGCAUUGCCAUCUGAGUAACCACAGUCGUACCCCGUGGAUGGGCAUGGGGAAU